AUGAGUACUCGUGAUUCAAGGGGUGGCACUUAUUCAACAACUAUCAAUGGGCGUUUAUUCUAUAGAGUUGAUGGUAUGAUAGCUCAAGAAAAUGGUCAAGAGAAAUUUGCAGAGGCUUAUAUGCUAGAUCCAGGCUUAACUACAAAUCGCUAUCUUGAAUUGCUUAGAGGUAUUCUUCAAGACAACGAAGAAUCUAACAAACUUGAGGGCUACACUAGGAAGAUUGGUGAAUUUCUCUCUCAACACAAUCUUUAUGCACAGCUGUUAUAUACCGCUAGAGAAAUUGUUCAACAGGAGAUUACAGAGAUGGGAUUAACAAGAGAGGAGAUUGUUGUUGAAUGUACCAAUAUAUUGAACCAACAACACCAACAAAUCCAGAACAUCGUACUUCUUUAUUACCAGAGUAGAAUGGUCGAUGUACGCCAUGGAGGAGCACAACAGGAAGUUGAAGAGAGCUCAUACCCAACAAUUACACCGCCAAACCAUUUCGGAACUGCUCGAUACUUCAAAGCCAAAUUCCAAGAUCUGAUGACCAUAUUCACUCAAGAUGAUGCACCUUCAAUGUUCCUAACAUUUACCGCAAAUCCAAAGAUACCAUUGUUGUACAAUUUGAUUCCACAAGAGUUCUCCAACAAAAAGAAUCACGACUUAGUGCCAACUUUUUAG